AUGUUCAGGACAGCAGUUCUGCGCGCUGCGCGCUUAUCGCGUGUGGCGACGGUGUCUAAAGCCGGUGUCAUUGGUCUUCGUCCAGUGAUCCGGGCUUCUGGUGCUUCGCGGACCUCAUUGAUGGGAACGGCCAGCCCAGUACUGUCUCAACUGACGGCACAGGACCGUUUCUAUUCUAGCUAUGCUUCUGGAGCCACCCAGACUGAAGAGUCAGCGGAGACGGCGCAAGAAAGCGAGCCGGAGAAGGCAUCGGGCCUUAUCACCAGAUUUGCGGAUCUGGAGUCUCUUGGCGUCCACACCAAUUUGGUGCGGUCAUUGACAGAGACUUUGGGAUACGAGACAAUGACACCGGUUCAGUCUGCGACCAUUACGCCGGCACUGUCUGGAAAGGAUAUUGUCGCUCAGGCGAAGACCGGUACAGGCAAGACGCUGGCGUUCUUGGUUCCCGUCAUCCAGAAAAUGAUUACCGAGAACCCGAACCUUGCAUACCCACGCCGGAUCCGUGCCAAGGCCAAUGACAUCUUGGCGAUCAUCCUCUCGCCCACCCGAGAGCUGGCUGAGCAGAUUGGAGAGGAGGCCCGGAAGCUCUGCCAUGGAACUGGCGUGAUCGUGCAGACGGCCGUAGGUGGCACGCGGAAACGCGAGAUGCUGAUGCGCACGCGGCAGCAAGGCUGCCAUCUGAUGAUUGCGACACCUGGCCGCCUGAACGACAUCCUCAGCGACGAGAUGAGCGGAAUUGACGCACCCAGACUAGCUGCGCUGGUGCUGGACGAGGCCGAUCGCAUGCUGGACGUUGGCUUUGACCAGGAGCUGCGCGAGAUCGUGCGGCAUCUGCCGAACCGCAGUGAGCAGCCGCGCCAGACGCUGCUUUUCUCGGCGACGCUGCCCAAGAACGUCAUCUCGCUCGCGCGCACAUACGUCGACCCGACCAACUUCCAGUUCGUGCAGACGAUUGACGCCAACGAUUCCCCGACGCACGAGAAGGUACCGCAACACAUUGUCGAGGUCAAGGGCUACGAGAACAUCUACCCGACCGUGCUGGAGCUCUUCAAGCGCGAGAUCCGGGAGGCCAAGGAGGCCGGCGACGAGGGCAAGCCGUUCAAGGCCAUCGUGUUCCUGCCGACGACCAACUUUGUGCAGCUGACGGCGGUGGCUUUCCGCAUGCUCGCGCGCUCUAACCCGGAGCUUCCGUACCUGUACCACAUCCAUUCGAAGCUGACGCAGUCGGCACGGACAAAUGCUGCCGACAUGUUCCGGCGGGCCAAUACCGGCAUCCUGUUUUCGUCCGACGUGACUGCGCGCGGCAUGGACUUCCCCAACGUCACGCACGUUAUCCAGAUCGGCGUGCCGCCCGACCGGGAGCAGUACAUCCAUCGUCUCGGCCGCACAGGCCGUGCCGACAAGGGUGGCGAGGGCUGGAUCAUUGUCCCGCGGGACGAGAUGCGGAGCGCGCGGAACGUCCUGGUCGACCUGCCGAUCAAGCGCGCCGAUGGCCUCGAGAGCGCGACACACGACUUGAGCACGGCCGAAGCCGAUGUGCCGCCUCCGGAGCUGUUCACGCACGUGUCGAGCGCCAUGCAGCGGGUGCCGGCCGGCCUGUUGGAGGACACGUACAUGUCCUUCUUUGGCGGCCAGUCCAUAGGUCGGAAUGUGCAGACGACGCUGGACAACCUGAACGAGUGGGUGCGUCUGGGCUGGGGCUGGGAGCAGCCGCCUGCGAUCGACCAAAACCUGGCGCGGAAGCGCGGUCUCUUGAAGCUGCGCGGCCUCCGCCUUGCUGAUGGGAGCGAGCCCCGCCGCAGCGAUCGUGAUGGUCGCGAUGGCCGUGAUGUCAGCUUCUAG